CCCGCGGCGCGGCGCGGCGGGCCCCUGCAGUCUCCACCUGGCUGGGCACGUGAUGGGUCGCCCGCGAGCGUCGCUGCUGCUGGCGGCUGCCCUCUGCGUCUGCGCCGCGCUCUGCUCACAAGGAUGGGCGCUGCGCUGCUACUACUGCAACUCCAAGGGUAACGCCAGCUGCGGGGACCCGUUCUCUCCUGAGGUGGCCAAUCUCGUCAACUGCUCUCGCCCUGAGCAGCUCUGCGGCAAGAUCACACACGUCGCUGACCGCGGGGCCGACGUGGAGCGGCGCUGCGUCUCCGGAGGCGGGUCCGCAUCGUGGGCCAGCGGCCACGUGUACACGUGCGGGCACGACGCGUGUAACGGGGCGGGCCGCCUCGGCCCAGCUGCAGUCACUGCUGCCGGCGCCCACGCCGUGCUGUCGCUCGCUGUCUUCGCCGCCGUCGCCCGUGCCUUGUGACCGCUUCGCGCCCGCCAGCCGGCUACUGAUAAGCAGUGGAAACCGCCGUAGUGGAUAGCGACCAGCCAAAGUGGUGGUGGUUCAGUUUCAGAUUGCAGUGCUACACAUCUGGCGGGAGCGCCACUGUAGUCUCAGGCUAGACAGUUAUCUCGGACAUAGGCCAGAAAAGCGCCAGCGAAAUGAUUUCCUCAAUAUGCCCACUUACUUUAGAAACGACGAAUUGCAAGGUUGAGUUACGAAUCAGUCAUAAGUAAGCUAAAUACCCUACACGAGGUGCAUCACAAAUGAGACAACGCAGAUGCACAAUCUCGUUUCAGUGAGUAUGCCCACGAGCAGUUUAAAUAGGAGAGGGUACUGACAAAACUAUCCGAUGUACGAACAUGAACUUGACAAGAGAGACUGCGGAUUUGCAAAAAGAUAAAAAGGGACGUUUUGACUUAAACCAUAAAGAAAAGGACGAAACAGUUCAAUUCGCGUCCUAUUCUCCGGCCUAGUGGUGUUUACAGCUUCGUUUCUGUCCGUAACCAGUCUGCUCUCCAUUUGUCCAGUUACACACUUACUAAUGCUGACGUGGCAGUACAUAUUGUUUUAAUGGCAUCCGAAAAAAAAGGGAUAAACAGCAUCCCCAUACGACCGUGCUGAGCGCUCCUUCCCUGUGUCUUCCAUGAAAGUUGCAACUUCUCUGUGGGGCUGCUCUCUAAUGAAAGUUUAACAGGAAGGAAAAACCACUUUUUUCGAUAUUGUUAAUACACUGUUGUAGAUAAAUUGGAUAUACUCUGAAAACGUUUCUCUCAUUCGCUACUGCCUAGUACUUUAUAAGCACGGUACCUGUCUUAAAAACGAAAUAGUAUACAGGGUAUGUCCAAACAAUCGUCUUUCAGAAUUAGAUUGUUUCACCGUUUACAUAAUUCUGAAAGUUGCCUUGUAAACUGCCAUCGGUCGAGUUCAGUCAUCAUUGCUCGUCUGAAAGUGGAUUUCCCUCGUAUGUUACAACAAUCUAACCCAGUUAUUCACACGUAAAUAGCUCCAAUUUUCAUGCAGUAUCCAAGAGGGACGGUAUUACGAAAAACGGUUAAUUUGCACGACUGUUACCAAAUCAUUCUGAAACUCCAAUCCACUACUGAUCAGAAUGAAAAUUUAAGAAACGCUUACCCACCAAAGGCCGUGGAGAGAUUUCGAGACUCUCUCUGGCCAUACCCACGUCUUCCUCUCUAGUGGUUCACAGGAGUAUAUUUCGUUCAGGAGCGCGCACGGCAUAGGGAAGCUGUGAACGUACAGUGCAUGCAUCUGCAUGAAAUAACCAUACUCAUAAAAACCGAUAACUGCUUUCCUAUCGCGUAAUUUGCAGUGACCCAACAAUUUUCAAAUGAAAAGGGAAAUUACUGUGAGUAAAACACAGUAAAAAGUAUCACCAUAUCUUGCAAGGUAAGUUGAACAGAAAAUUAUUAAAGACGUAACGCCACCGUCUGAGAGUCGUGAAAGGAUUCUUCAACUGUUAACUGCGCCUGAAAAAUUUGCGAUAGAAUAAUCAAAAGUAUACUACAUCUCCAAUGCCCUUGAGUAUAUUAAAAUUUUCAAAUAGUAUGGCAAAACCUGAAGCUUAAAACGUACACACAUUCUACAUAAUUUUCAGUAGCAUUAGUUUUUACAGAAACUGUUCAUAAGUAUUGUAAAUAUAGAAUAAUGAAUCUAAUGAAAACAUAUGUUAUGUACGAUUACGGGUUUAUGUGAAAUUGAAAAUUCCUGUCUCUGCUUCUUGCCAUUCAUAAAAAAAUAUCGUAAAACGUGCAAUAGCUUGAAAAAUAUUUUACUUCACCUUUUUGAAAAUUUAUCAAAUGCCAUAAUUCUUCAUAUAAUAUAAAGUAGUGAUAGUGAAGUUAUUACAUAAAGAAUUAUUAUUCCUUUCGAAUGACAGAGCAAUGACUGUGACGUCGUGUGGCUGUGCUGAGUACGGUCAGUACGAGCGAGUGCUGGCUCUCACAAUCAGAAUAAUUCGUCGCUGCAGACGGAAACCUUACUACGUUAGCUAGAGACGAAGGGAAGGACAUAGUUGCUUCUCCACAAAAUGUAUUUCGUAUAUAGACGCAUCAUCUAAUGAUUUAUUCCAAACUAUUUGUAAUAUGUUCUCGGAAGACAGCUUUCGGAAGGAAUUAGGAAGAACGUAUUUUAAACAUACCUGUGCCUUUUCCAAUUCAAAUAAAAGUUAAAUUAAGUGUAUAAACCCAUCAGUUCCAUUUGACUUAAAGUAUACAUCAAAACUGUACCCUGAUAAUGAUACAACACAGAUUAGAACAGACACUUUGUUAAUUCGUUGUGGAAUAUAUCAGAUAAAUAUUUCACACAAGAUUUGGUACACUUAAAUUUAAUGUUAACUGCCUAGACUAUAAGUUAGGUAACCCUCAACAAUAUGAAACAAUUUUAAAAUUAAUUAAUAUAGUCAGUCAUAGACAUUCAAAUGUGUAUGUAAUAUAGAUGAUACCAGUGAAGUGUAAUGAAGAGGAGGGUUUACAAUGGUUAAUUAUGUUGAUAAUGUUACUCUAAGUCCAUAAGAAUACGAAUAUUACUUACAACUCA